CCGUCACGCAGACGAAGACAGUGACCACUUCCAGUUCAGAGUUUCUCUCUCUUCCAACCUCUUCUAGAGAGAGAAAAAGAAAAAAAACUAAACUAAUUAUUAGGGUUUUCUUCUCUCUCUCUCUCUCUCUCUCUCUCUCUAGAUCUAUAUGUAUCUGCCUUUGAAUCUUUGUUGGGUUUGAUGUUUAAGCAAGUUGGAGUGAGAAUUAAUAUUGGAGCGAUGAAUAAAUCAAAUUAAUUAAUUUAUUUCAUGUCAAAUCAGUUAUUGUUUUUAAUUAAUUAUUCGGUCAUUCAAUCUUGUUCUUGUCAGAUCAAAUUAACACUCCUAAAUAAUAUUUACCAGAAUAGAGAAUAUAACUCAUUAUAUUCAUUCUUUAUUACUACUUUUCCAGUUUUCUGUGUUCGUUUUCAUUUCUAGAGAGAGAAAGUUCUUAAUAUAUUUAGAGAGAGAGAGAUUGAUGUUUAGAAAUGGCGGGUUACGAACAUCAGCAAGGCUCCGGCGGCGGUGGUAAUUCUUCUCGCUACGUUCAUCAGCUUCUCACACCACCGCCGGACUUCCACUUGCAGCAGAGGCCGCCGCCGCCGCCUUCUUCUCGUCUUGAAAUUCAUCACGAGCUGUCUGCUAAUUCCAAGGACGACGACGCCGCCGCUACCACCAGCUCCGGGGGUACUCCCUCCGCCAACCGCCGCCCGCGCGGGCGUCCUCCGGGAUCCAAGAACAAGCCCAAGCCCCCAAUUAUCGUCACGCGCGACAGCCCCAACGCGCUCCGAUCCCACGUCCUCGAAAUCUCGUCCGGCAGCGACGUCGUCGAGAGCGUCUCCGUCUACGCGAGGCGGCGGGGGAGGGGCGUCUGCGUCCUCAGCGGCAGCGGCACGGUGGCGAACGUGACCCUCCGCCAGCCGGCCGCCCCCGCUGGGAGUGUGGUGACGCUCCACGGCCGUUUCGAGAUCCUCUCGCUUUCCGGAACUGUGCUGCCUCCGCCUGCGCCGCCGGGUGCCGGUGGGCUGUCGAUAUUCCUUUCCGGCGGCCAGGGGCAGGUUGUCGGAGGGAGCGUGGUGGGCCCGUUAAUGGCUUCCGGGGCGGUAGUUCUUAUGGCUGCUUCCUUUGCAAAUGCAGUGUUCGAACGCUUACCUCUGGAGGAAGAAGAGGGCGGCGGCGGCGGCGCCGCAGCUACUCAGCCCCAGCCGAGUGCGUCUCAGUCUUCCGGCGUCACAGCAGGAGGCGGUCGCGGUGGUCAUGCCGCAGAAGGCGGCGGCGGCGGUGGUGGUGGUGAUGGUAGCGGCGGCGGAGAUGGUGCGUUUCUGAACUCAGACACCACCCCACCACCGGGGAAUUAUCCUUUCUCAGCUGAAUUGUUUGGGUGGGGGAGUGGUAGUUCUGCCAGGCCGCCGCCGCCAUUUUGAUCGACGGUACUACCACGGUGAAUUGUUUAUUAUGGUGUUAAUUAAUUAGCUUUUAUUUUAUGUGUUAUAUAUUAAUUAAAUUAUUCUCAGCUUUUAAUUUGUUUGUCAAGAUUAAUUAGCAGUAAUUAAUUAAUAUGUUAUUACUAUUAGUGUUUGAGGGGGAAAUUUAGAUUGUUAAUUUGAAAUUGGAAGCAAAAGGAGAGGUUUUAUAAUUAUAAUUUGGUGAAGAUCAGAUUAAAUUAUCAUCAGCAAAUGCUAUAUGCAGCCGACAGAUCGAGAUCGAUGAUUAGAGAUCGACGAAGCAAUUUUUCAAGGUCAGUAAUUUAAUUUCGACAUUUUUUCACCCUAUGUAACAUUGCUAAGUGCUAUGCAAUAUACACAUUUUGGUAGAAAUUGAUUCUGAAUUAAAAGGUUUUGCCUAAUUGG